UCAACUUUUGAGGCUUUUAUGUAUUGUAGUUCUUUUAUCUCCAUUGAAAACAAACAACUAUUAAACAGAUUCUUCAUUGCAUUUUAUUUCGUGGUUGCUUCUUCUCCUUUCCCAUGUUACUUCCUCUAGUUCGUUCUUACAUAAACCGUCAAACCUUGGUGUCUCUCCAAAACCUUCUCAAACUCAUUCACCAAAAACUCUGCAACUUCUUUCGUUUCCUCUUCGCCAAAAUGUCCAAAAUCGGCCCAGAACCAGAGCUUCAAUCCUCUGCUUCCGAUUCCACAACAUUUGAUCCAACUAAACCGUCCGUUCCCAUAUCUUACCCGAUCAAAACCCUGGAGGAGCUCGAAUCAAGGUCCUACUUUGAGUCCUUUCACUACCCAUUUAACAGAGCUUCUGUUCCUCUUCAAUCUGGGACGUUGCCCAAUAGGCCUAGGCUGCUUGUCUGCCAUGAUAUGGCUGGUGGGUAUGGAGAUGAUAAGUGGGUCCAGGGUGGGACCAAUCCCGAGGCGUUUGAUUUGUCGCAUUGGUAUCUGAUGGACGUUUUUGUUUACUUCUCUCAUAAUCUCGUUGCUCUCCCUCCUCCUUGUUGGACUAACACGGCUCAUCUGCACGGUGUUAAGGUAUUGGGGACUUUCAUCACUGAAUGGGACGAGGGUAGAGUUAUUGCCAACAAGUUGCUCUCAACAAAAGAAUCAUCUCAAAUGUAUGCUGAGCGCUUGGCAGAACUUGCUGUUGCUUUGGGCUUUGACGGAUGGCUGCUCAAUAUGGAGGUCUCAUUGGGCGCGAGCAAAAUUCCUAAUCUAAAAGAAUUUGUCAGCCAUUUAACCCAGAAAAUGCAUUCCUCAAUUCCGGGCUCCUUAGUUAUAUGGUACGACAGUAUCACAAUUGAUGGUAAUCUCAACUGGCAAGAUCAGCUGAAUGAAAAAAACAAACCCUUCUUUGAUGUUUGUGAUGGUAUUUUUGUAAACUAUACGUGGAAGGAAAGCUAUCCCAGCCUCUCAGCUGCAGCUGCUGGGGAUAGAAAGUAUGAUGUCUACAUGGGCAUUGAUGUCUUUGGAAGGGGCACUUUCGGCGGUGGACAAUGGAAUACAAACGUUGCACUUGAUGUGCUGAAAAAGGACGAUGUUUCAGCUGCCUUGUUCGCGCCUGGAUGGGUCUAUGAGUCUAAACAACCACCAGAUUAUCAGACUGCUAAAACUCAUUGGUGGUCCCUUGUGGAGAAAUCUUGGGGAGUUGCUCAGCAUUAUCCUAAAACACUACCAUUCUCUUCAAACUUUGAUCAGGGCCAUGGUUACCAUUUUUCUGUCGAUGGAGAGCAAGUUCUAGAUACUCCUUGGAACAACAUUUCUUGUCAAGGCUUUCAGCCGCAUCUGGAGUUCAAACCUGCAGAUGCUAUUCAAGUGCUGGUCGAUUUCAAGGAACCUUCUUAUGGUGGGGGAAGUAGCAUCACGUUUAAAGGAAAUCUUGAAGAAGAUUCUGAAUUCAGAAAUAACCUCUUUUCGGGAGAGCUUCAUUUGCAGGACUCUCCUCUCCACUUGACAUAUUCGGUAAAAUCAGAUAGCAAUUCUCUACUAGGCCUAUGUCUUGAGUUCUAUUCCCUGGCGGGAGAACGAAAGUCGGUACUUCUUGCACCAAGGGAGGCGAACCGUUUCUCAAGUACAUUUAACGAAGUGGUUAUAACCCGCCAACUUGAACAUCUUGGAACUUCUCAGGGGUGGGUGGUGCACAAGGCAAGUAUCAAAAUAAGUGGACAAAACUUAACAAAAAUCGGUUUCGUAUGCUACAGGCCAGAGUCUCGUAUUGUCCAAAGAACUUCUAAUCGGAGUUCUACAGAGUACUAUGCAGUGCUUGGCCAUAUUUCUAUCAAGACUUCAGAACACAAUCUGCAAUUUCCACCCGCUGGUUCAUGGUUGGUUGAGGGUCACUACACGGAAUGGGACGCGAGUUCUAAGGGUUCCAAGACUGUUAGUGUAAAGAUCACUUGGAAGUUGAAAGAUGGUAAUGGUUCUGCGUUUCCAAAGUACAAUAUUUACGCGGAGAAAAUAGCGGGGAAAGUUGUUCCAGGACAAGCAGCAGCAAGGGAGUUCCUCGGAGUGGCACUAGUAGAGGCUUUUUAUGUUGCUAGCUUUGCAGUUGAUUCUGAUAAUAUUGGUGUCAAAUUCAUCAUCCAAGUGUGUGGCAUUGAUGGGAGUAGCCAGAAAGUGGAUGAUUCCCCUUUUUACCGUUUGGAGGCACCAAAAGCUCUGUAAUCUUGUGCCUAAUCUCUCUAGCCAUGCAGUAUUAUAUAAUCGGCAAUAAAAGUGUGUAACAAUAAUGAUAUUGUGCAAUAAUAAAUUACUUAUAAAAGUGCACAAUAACAACAACAUAUAUCUUUGUUUUAGCUUUGCAAUAUUACAUAAACGGCAUUAAAAUUUAAUGCCAUUCUCA